GUCUCUCACUCUCUCUUUCUGUCUGUCCCUCUCUCUAUCCUAUUCAGUGACCGGCCCGUCCCUUUCGCCCCUCCCUGUGUACUCUCUCUCAGGAUGCGGAUGUCUAUCCCUAUAAAAGGCAUGUGUGUGCCCUGACAGGGUUUCAUUCCAGCCAUGGAGAGUCAGAGAGUCCUGUCGUCUUACAGGAAGCGUUUCGGGCCCCAGGGGGCCGGCAGUGUGGGUGGGGGCGUGCGGCUCAGCAGUCUCUCCUCCAGCCGCUUCUCCCUCCAUGGGAGCCCCCGCCACCUGACCCACUCCAGCACCAUUUCCCGUCUCUCCCUGGGGUCGGCUGGAGGGGCCCUGCUCCUGGGGACCCCUGGGAACCGGCUGGACUUCUCGGCUGACUCACUCCUCAAGGCCCAGUACCGGGAGACUCGCACCAACGAGAAGGUGGAGAUGAUGGGUCUGAACGACCGCUUCGCCAGCUUUAUAGAGAAGGUGCGCUUCCUGGAGCAGCAGAACACGGUGCUGGUGACGGAGCUGAACCAACUGAGGGGGAAGGAGCCCAGCCGUCUGGGGGACAUCUUCCAGGAGGAGCUGAGGGAGCUGCGCAGGCAGGUGGACGGAAUCAGCGCUGGGAAGGCCCGGCUGGAGAUAGAGAGGGACAACAUGGCUGCUGACGUGGCCACGCUCAAACAGAGACUGCAAGAUGAGAUGGUUCUUAGACAGGAUGCAGAGGGCAACUUGAACGCCUUUAGACAGGACGUGGAUGAGGCGUCUCUGAACCGUGUCCAGUUGGAGAGGAAGAUAGACGCACUGCAGGAUGAGAUUGCCUUCCUCAAGAAGAUCCACGAGGAGGAGCUGCGUGAGCUGCAGGAGCAGCUGAUGGCCCAGCAGGUCCAUGUGGAUGUUGACGUGUCCAAGCCAGACCUGACCGCUGCUCUGAGGGACAUCCGGGUCCAGUAUGAAUCCGUGGCCUCCUCGAACAUUCAGGAGACGGAGGAGUGGUACCGCUCCAAGUUUACCGACUUGACCGACGCAGCUACUCGGAAUGCAGACGCCUUGCGAUUGGCCAAACAGGAGGGCAACGAGUACCGACGGCAACUCCAGGCCAUGACCUGUGACGUGGAGGCGCUCCGUGGAACAAACGAGUCUCUGGAGCAGCAGCUGCGCGAGAUGGAGGACCGUUUCUCCAUGGAGACGGCUUGUUACCAGGAUACGGUGGGUCAUCUGGAGGAGGAGAUCCAGACUCUGAAGGAAGGGAUGGCCAGACACCUGCAGGAGUACCAGGACCUGCUCAACGUCAAACUGGCCCUGGACAUAGAGAUCGCUACCUACAGGAAGCUGCUGGAGGGAGAGGAGAGCAGGAUCACUGUUCCAAUGCAGAGCUUCUCCAAUCUGCAGUUCAGAGAGACCAGUAUGGACACUAAGUUCUCUCCAGAGGCCCAUGUCAAGAGAAGCAUCAUAGUGCGGACUGUGGAGACUAGGGACGGGGAGAUCAUUAAGGAGUCUACAGCUGAGAGGAAGGAGAUUCCUGACAGUCCUUAAAGGACACAAAUGGUGCUAGCUACAGUAUAUGUCUGUCAUACUGUCCCCACUCCCCAGUAACGCUAAGAGGCCUUGCAUGAUAAUGACACCCUUUCCUGACCAGGCACCUCCCUCUUCUCCAAACCUCAAAUUCCCCCCAGUUGCAACCACUUCACCAUCCCCUUCCUCCCCUCUUCAUCAUCACCCCAGACCAUGCUACAUCAUUAAAUACUUAGGAGUUGCAUUUUGUUGAAACAAAAAAAAUCCCUCAUUGCAUCCUUGUUAGCAUUUUUGCUGUAACUGGAGAUGGGCUUUAGUACUGGGAAGUCUGGCCAUGCACCUUAGAAGGAAGGGUCUUGGACUACUACCCUUCGUGAUUAACAGACUUAAUGCUUGGAAAUGUAUUUUUUGUUCAGCUCAUAAUAGUGACAGAUCAGAGUGGGAAAUGUUCUCAUUGUGUUUGGAUAGUAGCCAGAGAGGAGGCCUUGAAAUGUAGUGAUUGUUAUUCAGCUAGUGGCAGGAGUCGUGCUGAAGUUGUGUGGUUUGAGUGGAUGUGAGAAGUCAAGAGGAAAGUAUCGUUGCUGGGGUUAGCAGUGGACAGGAUGGGUCUCAGACAAGGAAGAUGACGAGUGAAUGACAGUGCUUUUGGCAGAACUGUUGGUGAAAAGAAAGAAGCUGAUGUAACUCUCCUCUAGGGCCAAACACCAUAUCCAUUUCAUCCCUCCGUCAUACACUGCCCCCCCCCCCCCCCCUCUCUGGAUGCAGUGUCUCUAGUUCCACUGAUUCAUUGCAACAUCAUAUUUUAACACUAGAACAGUGCCUGGGCACAUCCACUUACGCACCAGGGGUGAAAGGGACAGGAUGGAGGUGAGACAGGGAGUAUUGACGAGACCCUUACCUCUGAAAUCCCCUGUUCCUCCCCCAGCCCCAUCUCUGGAGUGUCAGUGAUUGUAGAGAGACACAAAAGAGGGUGUUGCUGAGAUAGCUUGGUGGUGGUGGAGCGGGUGGGGUUACAUGGUGUCUCCCUGAUGACAGCCCUCUCCAAGAAGCCCUGGGGGAUCUUGGAGGGUGGAGGAGGGGGGUUGGAGGGUUGGAGGAGGGGAGGAGAGGAGGAGGGUUGGAGGAAAGGAGGAGAGGAGGAGGGUUGGAGGAGAGGAAGAGGGUUGGCGGGUGGCUGUCACAACACUAAAUGUUUAUCCCAGCUCUCUCCAUCUGCUUAGAACCCCUGCAUAAACAAACUGACACCCCUGUCACCUACCAUUCAGUACAGAUAGUGCCUACAGACUGCUUUUCAUUCUUCACUAAGGACAAACCGUAACUGUCUUCUAAUGUGCCUGCCUUUCUUUCACAUCUCCCGUCCCUCUGCUUUGCCUUCGUGUCUUCAUCCGUCAGCUCUAGAUACUAUUUAUUCUCUUCUUGUCUGCAUCUUACAGUAGCCACAGCUGAACCACACUGCAGUAGGUCUAAGAAAAACCUACAAGAUGUGAAUAUAACCUUAGAUUUGACCAACAUUAUGACAACCCGCUAACAACAAUAAAGCCAUUUUGUUUGAUUAGUA